AUGUCGCCACCAGCAAUCCUGAGCAGCAGCUUCACCCAAGGGCAGAUUGAUGAGCUGCGCGAAAAGUUUGGUCAAUUUGACGCAGACAAAGGCGGCUCUGUCGCCGUCGAGGAGCUGGGUGCCGUGUAUGAGGCACUUGGCUGCCAGUUUACCAAGGCUGAGAUUCAGGAGCAUGUGGGCAUGGUUGGCCAGGACGACAAUGGCACCCUCACCUUCGAGCAGUUUCUCCAGUUUAUGGCUCAUAAGUAUGCUGAAGACAAAGGCGAUGAUACCAAGCUUCGCGAGGCAUUCAACAAGUAUGACAAGAAUGGUGACGGUGCGAUCUCUGCAGAGGAACUGCGCAGCGCUAUGCUUUCACUGGGAGAGGAUGUGACUGAAGAGGAGGCUAACAAGAUGAUCGAGGAGGCUGACAUUGAUGGUGAUGGCCAUGUUAGCUUUGAGGAGUUUGCUAUUAUCAUGAAGUCAUCUUAA